AUGGAGGGUGCCCUAUCCCCACCCCUUCUGCCCCCGUCUCCAGCUCUGUCCCUGGAGAGGGUCCCAGCCCCGCCCGUUGAAGGAGCUGCAACAGGCCUUCCAGGAAUACGAGGAACAAAUGGCCUCUCUGAGCAUACCAGACUCCGUGUCUCUGAGACCAGUGGUCAAUGCCCACCUGUGGGCCUUCUGCCCAAAUAUUCAGUCCACUAUGAGGACAAGGAAGGAAGAAGGGAUACGGGAGGAGGAGUGACAGUUACUGUUCCCAAGAACGCAGAGUCAUCUUCUCCAUCGCCGCGGAUACGACCACCACCUCCCCUACUCGUGAUCCAGCCAGGAUACCGCGGCGAGGACAACAACGACGACGGUGAAAACGGCAACGAGGAAGCACAGCGUGGAAACAGUGACACAUCAACAAGUCAGAGGGUCACAGCCGAUACCGAAGGGUUCAGUUUCAGAAGUUACCUCCUGGCAAAUAAUGAGAAACCAGUUGAAGAGAGCGCAGCCAAAGAGGCUGAACAAGAGGAAAGCACAUUACAACUGUUUGAGAGAAUGGCUAGAGAGGCAGAGGCAGAGAUUCUCUCCAAAAAAAAGGCAGAUGCACUGAAGGAAACAGACACUCAGAUGCCAUUGAACUCGACAACAGAUGCAGAUUUAUUUAAAGAGACCCUGAUAAGUCCAGAGUCUGUGGAGCAGAGAGAGCAGGCAGAGAGAGCAGAACCACUGAUUGGUUUAGCAGUAGGGCCUAAAACAGACCAGCUGACAGCGCAAAACACCUCAGAAGAGACUAAGGCAGACUCACAGGCUGAGUCCAAGCAGGCUGAGACCAAGCAGGCUGAGUCCAAGCAGGCACAGUCCAAGCAGGCUGAGACCAAGCAGGCUGUGACCAAGCAGGCUGAGUCCAAGCAGGCUGAGACCAAGCAGGCUGAGACCAAGCAGGCUGAGUCCAAGCAGGCUGAGACCAAGCAGGCUGACUCACAGGCUGAGUCCAAGCAGGCACAGUGCAAGCAGGCACAGUCCAAGCAGGCUGAGUCCAAGCAGGCUGACUCCAAACAGGCUGAGUCCAAGCAGACUGAGUCCAAGAAGGCUGAGUCCAAGCAGGAUGAGUCCAAGCAGGCAGACUCACAGGCACAGUCCAAGCAGGCUGAGUCCAAGCAGGCUGAGUCCAAGCAGAUAGAGUCAACACUACAUUAUGAUAUCAAGUUAGGCAUGGAGAAAAAGACAAACUCACAGAAAAAGAGGAGGAAAAAGAAAACAGAGACAAAGCCAAAGAUGCAGACAGAGACACAGACAGAGACAAAGCCAAAGCCAAAGACAGAGACAAGACAGCAGACACAGACAGAGUCAAAGCCAGAGACACAGACACAGACAGAGUCAAAGCCAGAGACAGAGACACAGACAAAGCCAGAGACACAGACAGAGACAGAGUCAAAGCCAGAGACACAGACAGAGACAAAGACAGAGUCAAAGCCAGAGACACAACCAAAGAUACAGACAGAGUCAAAGCCAGAGACACAGGCACAGACAGAGUCAAAGCCAGAGACACAGACAGAGACAAAGACAGGGUCAAAGCUAGAGACACAGACAGAGACACAGACAGAGACACAGACAGAGUCACUGACAGAGACACAGACAGAGACAGAGUCAAAGCCAGAGAUAGAGACAGAGUCAAAGCCAAAGCCAAAGCCAAAGACACAGACCGAGACAGAGACAAAGCCAGAGACAAAGCCGGAGACAAUGCCGGAGACACAGACAGAGUCAAAGCCAGAGACACAGACAGAGUCAAAGCUAGAGACACAGACAGAGACAAUGCCAGAGAAACAGACAGAGACAGAGUCAAAGCCAGAGACACAUACACAGAAAGAGUCAAAGCUAGAGACACAGACAGAGACAAAUACAGAGUCAAAGUCAGAGACACAAACAGAGACAAAGCCAAAGAUGCAGACAGAGACACAGACAGAGACAAAGCCAAAGCCAAAGACAGAGACAGAGACAAAGCCAAAGACACAGACAGAGACAGAGACAAAGCCGGAGACAAUGCCGGAAACACAGACGGAGACAGAGACAGAGACACAGACAGAGUCAAAGCCAGAGACACAGACAGAGUCAAAGCCAGAGACACAGACACAGACAGAGUCAAAGCCAGAGACACAGACACAGACAAAUUCAAAGCCAGAGACAGCAACAAAGACAGAGUCAAAGCCAGAGAAACAGACACAGACAAAGACAGAGUCAAAGCCAGACAAAGCACAGACAAAGCCAGAGACACAUACACAGACAGGGUCAAAGCCAGAGACACAACCAAAGAUACAGACAGAGUCAAAGCCAGAGAUACAGACAGAGUCAAAGCCAGAGACACAGACACAAACAGAGUCAAAGCCAGAGACAGAGACACAGACAAAGCCAGAGACACAGACAGAGACAAAGACAGAGUCAAAGCCAGAGACAGAACCAAAGAUACAGACAGAGUCAAAGCCAGAGACACAGUCACAGACAAAGACAGAGAGACACAGACAGAGACAAAGCCAGAGACACAUACACAGACAGAGUCAAAACCAGUCACAGACACAGACAGAGUCAAAGCUAGAGACACAGACAGAGACAAAGCCGGAGACAAAGCCGGAGACAAUGCCGGAGACACAGACGGAGACACAGACAGAGUCAAAGCCAGAGACACAGACACAGACAGAGUCAAAGCCAGAGACAGAGCCACAGACAAAGCCAGAGACACAGACAGAGACAGAGUCAAAGCCAGAGACACAGACAGAGUCCAAGACAGAGACCAAGACAGAGACACAGACAGAGUCAAAGCCAGAGACACAGACAGAGACAGAUUCAAAGCCAGAGACACAGACAGAGACAGACAGAGUCAAAGCUAGAGACACAGACAGAGUCAAAGCCAGAGUCAAAGCUAGAGACACAGACAGAGUCAAAGCCAGAGUCAAAGCCACAGAUAGAGACACAGACGGAGUCAAAGCCAGAACAGAGACACAGACAGAGACAAAGACAGGGUCAAAGCUAGAGACACAGACAGAGACACAGACAGAGACACAGACAGAGUCACUGACAGAGACACAGACAGAGACAGAGUCAAAGCCAGAGAUAGAGACAGAGUCAAAGCCAGAGACACAGACAGAGACAAAGACAGAGUCAAAGCUAGAAUCACAGACAGAGACAAAGACAGAGUCACAGACAGAGACGAAGACAGAGUCAAAGCCAGAGACACAUACACAGCCAGAGUCAAAGCCAGAGACACAGACAGAGACACAGACACAGACACAGACAGAGACAAUGCCAGAGACACAUACACAGCCAGAGUCAAAGCCAGGGACACAUACACAGCCAGAGUCAAAGCCAGAGACAAAGCCAGAGACAAAGCCAGAAACACAUACACAGCCAGAGUCAAAGCCAGAGACACAGACAGAGUCCAAGACAGAGACCAAGACAGAGUCAAAGCCAGAGACACAGACAGAGACAGAUUCAAAGCCAGAGACACAUACACAGACAGAGUCAAAGCUAGAGACACAGACAGAGCUUCAGACAGAGUCAAAGCCAGAGACACAGACAGAGACAAAGCCAGAGACACAGACAGAGACACAGAUGGAGUCAAAGCCAGAGUCACAGACACAGACAGAGUCAAAGCCAGAGACACAGACAGAGUCAAAGCUAGAGACACAGACAGAGUCACAGACAGAGACACAGACAGAGUCACUGACAGAGACACAGACAGAGUCAAAGCCAGAGACACAGACAAAGACAAAGCCAGAGACACAACCAGAGACACAGACAAAGACAAAGCCAGAGACGCAACCAGAGACACAGACAGAGUCAAAGCCAGAGUCACAGACACAGACACAGUCAAAGCCAGAGAUAGAGACACAGACAGAGACACAGACAAAGACACAGACAGAGUCACAGACAGAGCUUCAGACAGAGUCAAAGCCAGAGACACAGACAGAGACACAGACAGAGUCACUGACAGGGACACAGACAGAGUCAAAGCCAGAGACACAGUCAAAGCCAGAGACACAGACAGAGUCAAAGCCAGAGACACAGACAGAUUCAAAGCCUGAGAUAGAGACACAGACAGACAUCCAUUCAGGGACAAACAGAGAACCACAGGGCAAGAGUUCAGGUUACCAAGAACAGCUGAGCCCCAAGGGACAGACCAGCUCCAGCCCCUCAUCCAAAGGCUGCGGGGAUCACCUUACUACAAGCCUGGCCCCAACCCAGGCCCAACCCAGCUCCAGCCCCCCAGCCACCGUCCAGGCUGGUUCACCUGCCCCCAGUCUGGCCCCAACCCAGGCCCAACCCAGCUCCAGCCCCUCAGCCACCGUCCAGGCUGGUUCACCUGCCCCCAGUCUGGCCCCAACCCAGGCCCAACCCAUCUCCAGCCCCCCAGCCACCGUCCAGUCUGGUUCACCUGCCCCCAGUCUGGCCCCAACCCAGGCCCAACCCAGCUCCAGCCCCCAGCCACCGUCCAGGCUGGUUCACCUGCCCCCAGUCUGGCCCCAACCCUACCCAAGGAGCCUCAGCAAUCUGCAGACCACCGCCAGACAGGUCGUUCCUUCUCUCUGACUAACGG